GCGGGAGGGGAACGGUAACGGUCGCCGGCUCGAGCUGGCGGGAGAUCCUUCCCCGUAAUAGUCAGGCUUCCACCACCUCGCAUUGUUACCGAAUUUAACGGUUCAACGGUUAAAACAUUUCACUGGGAGGCCAAGGUCGUGCAUCAGAGGAGUAAACGGAAGGGAUGGAGUGGUGAUGCUUUUUCUUGGAUCAAAGUGUCACAAAUUUCAGUCAAAAGGAUUGUUACUGAUUUGAUAUCUCAAGCACGUUUCCAAUUAUUCUAAAGUACAAACGCUCCUGUAUGCAAGUGUGUUGCACCGAAAACAGUGCUGAAGACUAGCAAGGAAGAUGGCGGAUAAUGGAAUGACAUUUUAUGAAUUGUCUGCGGAACUUCUCAAUGGUGAGAUCUUCAGUUUCUCCAAUCUCGUAGGAAAGGUGGUGUUGAUUGAAAAUGUUGCAUCCUUAUGAGGCACAACUAUCAGGGAUUACCACCAGAUGAAUGAGCUCCAGAGUCGCUAUGGCAACCAGGGGUUUGUAAUUCUGGGUUUUCCCUGCAACCAAUUUGGCUACCAGGAAAAUAUCUACAAUGAAGAGAUUCUUAAUUCCUUGAAAUAUGUCCGUCCAGGCAAUGGCUUUGAACCAAAUUUCUAUUUGUCCAAAAAGAUUGAAGUGAAUGGAGAAGAUGAGAAUCCUGUCUUCACUUUUCUGAAGAAGAAGUUGCCUGAAGCGUAUGACGAUCCUGACAUCUUAAUGCGGGAUCCAAAGUUUAUAGAUUGGAAGCCAGUCCGUCGCUCUGAUAUUGGCUGGAAUUUUGAGAAAUUCCUUAUUGGGCCAAAUGGGGAACCAUAUAGGCGAUACAGCAAAAAUUUUCUCACUAUUGAAAUUGAAGAUGACAUCAAAUUUCUUCUUCCAAAGGAUGAAUGACUUGGUGAUAAUACAGAUAACUAAGUUAAAAUUUAGUGUAUUACAUGUUGAAUGCUAGGUGUUAUAUUACAUGAUGGCAGUUUUAAAAAGAUAUAUAAUUUAGCCGCUAGU